AUGAUAAAUUCUACUACUUAAUAAAUUUAAUAGAAGAUCUAAGAAGGAUUAAAUCUUAGAGAUUUACAAGGAUGGAAAAAAGAAAGUAAUGGAAAAGUUUUUUCUUUAGAGACCAUCAAAUACAAAGAUUACUCUUUGAAACUUGUCAAAAUUUAAGGAAUAAUAAAUUAGAAUGUUGAAAAGGUCAGAAAAUACUACUAAGAAGAUUUUGAAUCUCAAAAAAAGGUAAGACCUUCAAUUGACAUCCUCUAGCUCGUUGAAACUAUUGAUAAUGAUAAUUGCGUAGUUUAUUACAAGAAUAAAUCAAUGUUUUUAGUGAGUGCAAGAGAUUUAUUAUAUCAAUAACAUUAAGAAUAGCUAAAUUAAAAUCUAUCAGUCAUAGUUUGUGUUGAUAUUGACAAUCAUCCUAAGGCUCAAACAGUUAAAGGAUGUGUUAGAGCUAAAGCUGUAAUCAAUAUUUAAUUUUUUGAAAAAAUAUCAGAUAACUAAACUAAAAUGGAGACAUACUUGCUUGUAGAUCCUAAAGGUAGUAUUCCUGAUUCCUUUGUAAAUAGCACAGUAAAAGAAUAACUAGAUGAAUAUGAAAGAGAUAUUCCAAUAAUCUCUUAAUUGUGA